CUUGCAUAACGUAGGGUAGUUUGUGGGGUUUAAAUAGAAAAUUUCUUUCAUUUCUUUUUUUUUUCAGCUUAGGGUGUAUUUAAGGGUAGUUUGGGAAAAUAGUGGGGUUUUCUUAGAAAUUGUAAAAAUUUAAAUUAUAAGUUAAGGUGAACUUAGAAUAUAAGGUGAACUAGGAGAAAUGUCAGGUUUAAAUAGAAAAUCUCAUCAUUUAUUUAAAAGGCCAUUCAACUGACAGGGAAGCAAAACUGAGAAAGUUGUAUGAUGAGAGAGCAAGUAUGGAGAUGGAGCUCAUUAGAAAGAAAAUGCUUACACCUUCUCCAACAAACGAAAACAACACCCUCGCUUCUCAAAAUACACUCCUUCAUGCUCCGACACUCCCUCGAAACAAAUGUCAAUCUCCUCACCAAAUUCAUCACAACCUGCGGUUCCAUCGCCCUUUUCGCCUCUCAUCAAAACCCACUUGCUCUGAUUCGACAUGGUCGCCACGUCUUCAAUUACAGACCCAAUAAAGAUGACACAUUUCUCUCUAACUCUAUGAUCAUAGCCCGCAUGGAUAUGCGCCAAUUCGCUGACUCUUUCACUCUCUAUAGAAAUCUUAGGAAGGACACGGGUUUCAAGCCCGAUGGCUACACAUUCACAGCUUUGGCAAAGUCGUGUGGUUUAGAUGUGGCCAUCUGGGAAGGGCAAGAACUUCAUUGUCAUGUUAUUAAAGUUGGGUUGUGCUUAGAUUUGUAUGUGUCGACUUCAUUGGUUGAUAUGUAUGCAAAGUUUGGGAGCAUGAGUUGUGCAAGUAAGUUGUUCAAUGAAAUGACGGAGACAAGUCGACUAUCGUGGACAGCUCUCAUUUGUGGGUAUGCAAGGUUAGGAGAUAUGGGUAAUGCAAGGAGGCUUUUUGAUCAAAUGCCUGAGAAGGACUUGGCUGCAUUUAAUGCUAUGAUUGAUGGUUAUGUCAAAUUGGGAGAUAUGGGCCCUGCUCGAAGUUUAUUUGAUGAGAUGACGGAUAGGAAUGUGGUAUCUUGGACCAGUAUGAUGUAUGGUUACUGCCAUCAUGGUGAUGUACAAUCUGCUAGAUCACUCUUUGAUGCCAUGGCUGAGAAGAAUCUAAUUUCUUGGAAUGUGAUGAUUGGGGGUUACAGUCAAAACAAACAGCCCCAUGAAGCCUUGAAAUUAUUUCAUGAACUGCAGUCACAUAUGUCUCUUGAACUGGAUGGCGUGACUGUAGUUAGCAUUCUUCCAGCUAUUGCAGAUUUGGGCGCCUUGGAUUUAGGUCUUUGGGUUCACAAGUUUGUAAGAAGGAAGAAGCUCUGCACUGCGCUUGUUGAUAUGUACGCAAAAUGUGGUGAAAUUACAGAGGCCAAAAGACUUUUUGAUGAGAUGCUUGAAAAGGAAACAGCUUCUUGGAAUGCCUUGAUAAAUGGGUUUGCAGUAAAUGGCCAUGGCAAGGAGGCACUGGAGGUAUUUUUGGAGAUGCUGCAAAAAGUUAUGCCGAACAAUAUAACCUUUAUUGGUGUUUUGUCUGCUUGUAACCAUUCUGGUCUGGUAGAGGAAGGGAAAAGAUGGUUUAAAGGAAUGGAGGGCUUUGGGCUUAUCCGGCAAAUUGAGCAUUAUGGUUGUAUGGUUGAUCUUUUGGGAAGGGCAGGAUGCUUGGAGGAAGUUAAGAAAUUGAUUGAGAGCAUGCCUUAUGAUGCUAAUGGAAUAAUUUUGAGUUCUUUUCUUUUUGCAUGUGGCCAUGCUGAGGAUGUCACAAGGGCCAACAAAGUUUUAAAGAAGGCAGUCAAAGUGGAGCCAUGGAAUGACGGAAAUUAUGUCAUGCUCAGAAAUUUGUAUGCUAAGAAGAGAAGGUGGAGCGAUGCAGAGGAAAUUAAGAGGUUGAUGAGGAAGAAUCAAGCAAAUAAAGAGGUUGGUUGCAGUGUGAUAGAGGUUGAUGGUAGAAUCAAGGAUUUUGUGGCUGGUGACAGGGUGCAUGCGUAUUUCGAAGCUAUACAUUUAACCUUGCGGCAGACUUGGAAGCACUUGAUGGGUGAUUUUAUAGAAAAUGGGUGAAUUGCUUCAGUCUAGAGGAAAAAAAUAUGCAUAACCUCUACCAACCGCUCCCCUUUCAUCAGUUGUAGUUUAUGCCGAGUAUACGGGGUAACCUGAAAAAUAUGCAAGGGCCCUUUUGAGGAACUAUUCAAAUGGCAGCCGGGCAUGGGGUUUAUUGAGAAAGGCAUUUGAAGGCAUUUGGAACUUGGAAGCUGCACGAUACCUUCACAAAAUGAGAAUACCAGUUACAACUGCUGAAGGCUGCCCUAAGCCAACAGUUGGUCCCAAGCUAAGAAGCAGAUACCUUGCUUGGACUGACAAAACAGGACAUAAACUUUACCCUCAAACCUCUCUGUCACUCUUUCUCUCUCUCUCUCUCUCUAAAGAAUGGGAAUGACUAUGAGUUUCAUGGAAUUGGGAGGAGGGAAGCCAUCCGCCGAGAUGUUCACUUUUGCAAUGGGGAGAAAGAUAUCAGAGAUUUUGAGAUCUUCCACAUCGCCAUUGUUGAUAUUAUAUCAAGCUGUAUUCAAACAAUGGAAAAAAGCCAAAGAGGAAGACAGGAAGAACCUCCUCAUCGAAUUUCUGAAGAAAAAUGUGAAGCUUGGCAAGGUUGAUGACACUACUACUACCAUGAUAACAGGAAUACUAACACCUCCAAUGGCUAUGGCUGCUAAAAGAAUCGUGGAGAUUGUGCUCCAGCUGAAAAUGAUCGAGGCCAUUCCAGACGUCCUUUUCAUACCAUCAGCAGCUGUGCUGGUGCUCAUUUAUGCCUCCAACAGUAUCCACAACCGUGAUGGCGCAACCAUUUCAGACGUCCUUUUUGUAAUAUCCGAAAUGUUGGCGCUCAUUUAUGCUAAGAUCUCCAACAUGAUGACUUACAGCUGGAUAUUCCAACACCAUCCCCGUACAUCGUUCAAUAAUUCAUUCACUCAAACAUAAAGUAAGGUACAUUCUGCAAUGCCCUUCUGCUUGUACAACUGACACCAGCAAAAGCCAAUCUCCAUCAGUUCUGCUCACGGAAAAAGUCCAGAAAACUCCUUGAAGAUCAAACUUACUUUCAAUUCCAAGACAUAUACAGCUAUGUACACAAGAAAUAAUUUGGAAAAAUAAAGCAAUUGAGCAUCA